ACCAUGAUACCUCGCAACACAUGGCCACACACCCACUAUGACAUCAUCCAGAAAUACCGCGCACAGUACGACUCUGAUAUCAAGUCGGGCGACUACGAACCCUGGGUCUAUCCAUGGGGGACUCUUGGAGCAACCAUAGUCAUCAUCUAUCUCCUCAUUGACCACAGAAAACGGCCUUGGCUACGCCAUGCGCGAUUCGCAGUUUUCCCGGCGAACUUGUUACAUUCCGUGUACACGGUCAAGUAUGUAAGAGCUAAGACAGUGGCAACGGCAUUUGGAGUGGGCUUGAUCAGUCUCUGGAGUUCGAUUUGGGUGUUGGCUAUCUUGGUGUGUCAUGAUGGGCAAAGUGAGUUUCAAAGAAUCGAGAGAUCGGAGGGAGUUUUCAAGGGACAGGGAAAAAGAGUCGUCAAAGGGGAUUCCCGCAGGAAUGAUAACAUCACCGCCAUUCCUGGAUCCUUGUCAGAGGAUGAGAUCAAGGACGACUCUCCUAUCAUGAAUAUCGACCAAGACAGUCAAUACAAAUCAUCUGUUAAUGGACGUGCCUCAGCCUCUAUAUCCAACGACCACCUCGGACCCCACGAAAGAGAUGGCGAAUUCGCGUGGCAACCUUUCCCAAUUACGCCCUUUAUCGAACGCCUCGACUGGGUCAUGGAUCUGUUCUGCAACUUUCGAGGCGUAGGAUGGAAUUGGCGCACUACAGCGAUCCCACCACCACCCAAAGCGAUCCAACUCCAACUUCUCCGCAACACGACUACCCAAGCACCGCCUCCUUCAUCGUUCAAACGCCACUCCUCACAACCUACAGUCUAUCCAACCCGUCGCGCCCUCCUCAUCGCCAACGCAAAAACACUGUUCAUAGGGUACUUCGCCCUCGACGUGAUCAAAACCCUCGUCAUUCAUGAUCCUUACUUCUGGGGUCUUGUCUCCGCCUCGCCAGCCCCUUACCUCCCCUGGACCCCAUAUCUAACACGGCAUCCGAUCUUGCUUCGCAUCUUCCGCCUCACACUCGCGCAGUUCUCCAUCCUAUACGCUCUCCAAACCGUCUUUGCGCUCGCCCCGCUCUUCUUCGCUGGCGUCCUCGGUCCGAAUGUGCUGGGCGCCCGUGCGGAACCGUGGACGUACCCGGAUACGUGGGGGCCGUAUUCUGCGGUGCUGGAUCGCGGGCUGGGCGGGUGGUGGAGCAGUUGGUGGCACCAGACCUUUAGGUUCGCGUUCGAGGCGCCGAGUCGUGCGAUUCUUGUUGCGGUGGCGACGAUGAAGAAGAAGAAGAACGAGAAGGGGGGAGAGAAGACAACCCAGCAACAGAGUCUUUCCUCUGAAGAGGAGGAGAAGCUACUCAAAAGUAAAGGAGCGAAGGCGCUGCAGCUGUGUAUCGCGUUUGCGCUGUCUGGCGCUCUACACGCUACAGGGUCUUACACUGCAUAUGGCGAAACCCACCCGUUCUCAGGACCCAUGGCGUUUUUUGCGCUGCAGGCGCUCGGGUGUUUUGUCGAAGCCGCUUUCCUGCGUCCUUUUGUUGCUUCGUUUGGGGCGCCGACUUGGGUGAAGAGAUCGUUCACGUUCGUGUACGUCCAUGUGUGGUUCUAUCACACUGCGGGCAUGCUCUGUGACGAUUUCGCGAGAGCUGGCAUCUGGUUGUGUGAGCCGCUGCCCGUGUCUGUGCUCAGAGGGUUGCUGGGGCUGGGUGUCGAGGGGGAUACAUGGUGGCUUGCUGGCGGGAGUGGGAUUGGGUGGUAUAGCGAUGCGAAGUGGUAUCGGAGUGGGCUGGCUUUGUGA